AUGGUUAUACUCAUUGUGGUGUCCUUCGCUGAAGCCAAGACUACACAGAAACCAAAAUACCAGUACACAAAGAAACCCAUACCUCAGGUCACUGUGCACAACCCCAUCACCACGAGUGUGCCCAAGACUCUCAAGAUAGUGGAGACCCCGAAUCCUGUGCAACCACAGCCACAGCCCACCACAGAGAGGACUCCCUACCCAAGUCAUAUGUUUCCACAGUACUACAGUGAUUAUACUGAGCCCCCUGGUGUUGGACUUGAGAAUUACACCCUGGAUUACAACGAGUGCUACUUCAACUUCUGUGAGUGCUGUCCACCUGAGAGGGGCCCCAGGGGCCCGAAGGGAGACAGAGGCUUGGCAGGACCACCAGGUGAACGAGGCACUCCUGGAGCAGCUGGUUUACCUGGAUCACCUGGAUUUAGUGGUCCUAUGGGUCUUAAAGGUGACAAAGGGGAUAAAGGGGACAGAGGAAACAGUGGGAUAACCGGGUCACCAGGAAUUUCAGGGAAACCAGGUCAAAAAGGUGAUAUUGGCUACAAAGGUGACAAAGGUGAAACAGGAUUGCAGGGUGUGAAAGGUAACAGAGGGGAGAAAGGAGAACCUGGCCAGAAUGGGACUGCUGGAGAGAAAGGAGAACCAGGACAACAGGGGCCAGUUGGACCUCCAGGAACAGCCGUUCUGCAGGGUCCGAAGGGAGAGAAAGGGGAUAAAGGGGAGUGUGGCAUAUUUGGGGACAGAGGACCACAAGGUCAAACAGGGGAACCUGGGGCCCCUGGCAUUCCAGGUGGAAUGGGAAUUCCAGGACUUAAUGGCAAACAUGGUGCCCCUGGCCCUGUAGGCGUUCAAGGAGAUCCGGGACUUCCCGGGCCUCCAGGAGAACCAGGGAUGAGAGGGUCUCAGGGACUACAAGGCAUAAGAGGGAUGCCUGGGCCAAAAGGGGAUAGAGGUUACCCUGGAAUGAGGGGAGAAAGGGGUUUUCGUGGUCCCAAAGGAGCUAAGGGAUCAGGAAUUCCCCAGAAACGUUCUGCCUUCAGUGUAGGUAUCUCUCCAAGAAGAUCCUUCCCUCCCUCUGGUUUCCCAAUUCGCUUUGACAAAAUUUUCUACAAUGAAGAGAACCACUUCAACAUCACUUCCAACCGCUUUACAUGUGUCCACCCUGGGGUUUAUGUCUUCUCCUUCCACAUCACUGUGCGUAAUCAGCCACUGCGAGCCACUCUGGUAGUGAAUGGGUCACGUAAAGUGAGGACACGGGACUCUCUGCAUGGUCAAGACAUCGACCAGGCGUCUACUCUGGUGGUACUACGGCUGGCAGCAGGUGAUCAGGUGUGGAUGGAGACAUUCAGAGACUGGAAUGGGGUGUAUGCCAGCAGUGAGGAUGACAGUGUCUUCUCUGGUUUUCUGCUUUACUCAGACAAAGCCUGACACCCAUUAGUGCUUUAC